ACGAGCGGCCCCGUACUUACUACGGGCGCCGCCCCUCGCGGCCGGGACGACCUUCGUGAGCUGUAUAAAGGCUGCGGCCACAGCGCCGGUCAUAUCACUCACAGCCGACCCGCCCCGGCACCAGCCCUCUCACACGCUCAAAGGAAACUACCAUGAAGCUGUUCGUCUUUGCUGCUCUUCUGGCCGUGGCUGUCGCCGACUCUCGGCCUGCCUACCAGCCUGCCUACCGCCCCGCCUACCAGCCUGCCUACCAGCCCGCCUACAAGCCCGCCUACAAGCCCAAGGGCUACGGCCACCACGACGACUACUCGGAGCCGAGGCCCUACCAGUUCGGCUACGCCGUCAACGACCACUACCACGGCGCCGUCUUCUCGCAGAACGAGCAGGCUGACGCCUACGGCAACGUCGAGGGCUACUACUCGGUCAACCUGCCCGACGGCCGCGUCCAGCACGUCAAGUACGUCGCCAACGACUACGGCAACAACGCCGAGGUCACCUACGAGGGCGAGGCCCAGUACCCGCAGUACAAGCCCGCCUACCAGCCCGCCUACAAGCCCGCCUACCCGGUGCACCCCGCGCCCGCCUACCAGCCAGCCUACAAGCCCGCCUACUAAGUCAAAACCGUGUGUGUUUGUGUAAUUUAUUCGUGUUUGGCAAGGACCUUAACUUUGUAAGGGUCUCUUGCGUCCAUGUGCUAUGCGUUAUGUCCGUAAAUAGAUAAAUAAAACAACCUGAGCACAGAACAA